CCGACCGCAUUUGUCUUGUUUUUCAUUCUGUGCCUCUUUGUGAAACCCUGCAAGAUGUUCCUGAAUCACUCUAUGAUGGGAUGGACUGUGUUGGCAGUGCUCAGCAUCACUGUGCCUGUGUGGAGUUCUAUGAAGGUGAUCCAGUCUUACAGAACAGUGAGCACCAACGGCACGGCACAGAUUCACUGUUUCAUCCGUCACCAAAUGUCGCUCACCAAAACACACCCCAGACAAGUUCCUGCAAAUCCCUUCAGUCAAUUGGAAGAUCUGCAGGUCACUUUGCUGAGGGGCCUCCAUGGCAGCGAGAGAGUCUGCUCCUCAGUCCUCAACAUCUCCAAGCAGCAGAUAAAGACACAGCAGGAGAAAGAUGGAGAUGUGGAGUGUGCAAUUCAAAUCAAAGAUGGUGCUUUGGAGGUGGCACUGUCUGGACUCAAAGCCACACACACAGAUAUCUACCGCUGUGAGAUUCAGAUCUUCUACCCACCGCCCUUCCUGCAGCUCACAGGCAAUGGCACGCUCCUCCACGUCCUGGAAAGCGCAAAUUGUCCUCUUCGUGGGCCUCAGAGACAGCAGGGCCAAGAGGAUGAGGAAGUGAGGAAGGAACCACUUAGUGUUCCUGUGGUACUUCUUGUGAUAGUGAUCAUCUGUGUCCUUGUGAUCAUCACCACCUUGCAGGCUCUCCAGUGGAAACAAGGGAGGAGGGAACCUAUCAGGAUGCCGCCAAACCUCUUGCUUCACAAAGUAGAUGCUGUACCAUUUUCAAGUGGAAACAUGCUGUAGACAUUUCCCAACCGGUGGUGGUUUUAUUGGUGGUUUGUGUUUUUGUACUUAUUUAGUACAAAAAAAAACAGCAACUAAUGUUUACAUUUUUGUAAACACACACAUUGUGUAAACAUUGUGGCUUAGAUUCACCCCUUAUUGAGGUGAGAAGGCUUGCACCGCUAGUACUGUGUACAAAGAAAUGAUCUGAUCAUAGCCCUUUUCUUUCACCUGCUUAGUGGUAAUGAUCAGCAUUAUAAUGGCUUUCAUUCUUUUGUGUGAUUGGUUAUUACUGUAUAUAUGGAUGCUGACAAAUCUGCAUGUAUACCUGUUUAACAUAAAAUUAAGAAUAGUGUACAUCAUUUAGAGAUAGAUUUAUGUGUGGCAUGAGGACCUUGACAAAUGUUUUUGCAUGUCUGGAUUCUCUGCAGAUUACUGAAGUGUUGAAUAAUUAGGGGGAAAAAAGAGUAGAAAGUAGUAAAAUGUUUAUCCCACAUUAAAAAUGUAGGUUUUAAACAAAGUAAUACAACCACACUGCUCACUGUUAUUUCUUAAAGAAAAGUAAACUGAAUGUAGAAAUAUUUGCUUGUCAA